AUCACGACGAGAUAUCAUACACAUAACCUAGAAAUUCACAACGUUGUGCUAAGUAUACAGUGUUAUUAUUAUUUUGAAGACACAAUGGGCAGGAAAAACAAAGAUAAGCGAAAAAAUAAAGAAAAUGGAGAUGGUGAAUCAGACCACAGUGCAUUAGAGCAGAAAAAGAGUCACAGUGAGGAUCAAGAAGAACUGGAUGCACAAGCAGAGGAUCCUGAGCCGGAGGACUUACUGCCCAAGAGAGAACAUGCUGAUGAUGAUUCCGACGAUGAAGAGAAACCGAAAAGGAAGAAAAAGAAAAAACAAAUAGUACCAACUGAAAACACAGGACCCAAGAAAGGCCAAAAGUCAAUCCGACAAAUGAAGAAAGAAAAGCAUGCUGAACGCCAAGCUGCCGCCCAAGCUGUGGCCAAGGACGAACACAAAAACGACUGCCUCAAUUACCUGUCACAAUGGAAACACAACAAACAAAACUGGAAAUUUAUGAAAGCAAAACAAGUAUGGCUCUUCAAAAACAAGUUCUCAACUUCAUUAGUACCAGAUGCAUCAUGGCCCACACUGUUGGAAUAUUUUGAAUCAGCACAAGGCAACAUUCGGAAACUGUUGCUGGAAGACGCAAAUAAAAUAAUAAAGCAACUAGAUGACUGGACAGAAUCACAAAGUAAGGAAAGUAAAGAUGAUGAAGAAACCGAGGAGACUCAAGCUGAAAUUGCCAGACCUGAUGAUAAUGUCUACAAAAGAGCAAGGGACCUAAUACAAUGUUUAGAAGAAUAAACUUGUUUUAUAUA